CCCGACUAUAGUCUACUACCACUUUAUAAAUUCAUCCCCUUCAUUUUGAAAAAUCUUUGCUAUACUACUCUCCCUUCCAUCAUUUUCCCUACUAUAACAUUAUUAUAACUAGCUAGCCUAUUAAUUUCCACUUCUCCUCUGAGUUUUCAUCAUUUUCUUGGCCUCAAAAUAAAAAGAAAUGAAAUCCAUAGAUCUUUUUUGUGCUUCUCCAGCUUCCACAGCCAUAUGUUCAAGCAUGGAUCAACAUGCUAUGGUCCGUCGAGGCCUUAGGCGUCAAAUUGAUCGUAAAAUCGAACGAUUAGGUGACGUUACUUCAAAAAUCAAAACUCCAGUCCCUUGUUCUUCUCAUCAACUUCCAUUUGAUCCCAAAAAUUACUACUAUCAAAAGGGUCGAAAAAGCACUAGUAAACCAAGUGAAUUACGUCGAAAAAGCUCAGCUGAUAUCACUGACUUAGCUUCUCCUCAUGAUUCCUCUAGGUAUUUGUUAAGUGAUACUAAAUUCAUAGAUUUCUUAUCAUCAUCAGAUUGUACUACUUCUGGAGAUGCAAAAGCUUUGGUUCCUAGCAAACCAUUAAGGGCUAAAAGCACCAAUGAACGUCUCAUGUAUCGAUCUUCAUCGACUCAUUCGCAUGAAUCUCCGGUCUAUAAACCUUCACAAGCUUACUCAAAUGAAUUAUGUGUCUAUAAAUCUUCAUCAAAUCCUUCAUGCCCCCGUGAACAGAUUGUGGAAUUGAGGGUGUCAAUCCACUGCAAAGGUUGUGAAGGGAAAGUAAGAAAACAUAUCUCCAGAAUGGAAGGAGUGAAAUCAGUUACUAUAGAUUUGGCUUCAAAGAAAGUAACAGUCAUCGGCGAUGUGACUCCACUAGGUGUAUUGGCAAGUGUUUCAAAGGUGAAAAAUGCACAAUUUUGGCCAUAUCCAGCUACUUCUUCGUCUUCGUCUUCAUCUUCAUCUUCGUCUUCUCCAAUGAUUUGAAGAAAGUUAAUUACUCUUUAAUUACUGAUGAUGUACUUUUAGUGCUGGAAUAUCCUAUAGCUGCUGAGUGUGCUUUUUUUAAAAUAAAAUAAAAUUAAGGACUAAACGUUUAUAAAUUAGUCGAUGAUAUGGUGUAUUUCUUACAUUAUUA